AGAACCAAACAUCUCGAGAAAUCCGCCCUUGAGGCGCACAAUGGCCAUUUUCGCGCCUCACGGGAAAGUUGGCUAGCUACAGCUAUGAUCUGCUUCAGACGGUGACGAUUGGCAGCUAAGAAAUUCGCCGCUGCCCUGAGAGCCACACAUGCUUGAAUGCCACACGCAAGGUUGGCGAAGCAGCUCUUUGACAGUUUGGAGAUUCGGGGUAAUCUUAACCCCAUCAGCCAAAUGCAUGUUGAUGUCCUUAAGCUGUGGGUUUUUGGUUCUCAGGGUAAAAUCAUCCCAAAAGCAGUCGAUGACUUCAGAACAUGUGUUGCGGAGACAAUCUUCACAAAGCCGAGGUAAGGCCAGCAACCAGGUAUUUUUGGCAUUGAUAUAUCUUGACUGCUUGAUGCAGCUAGGUGCCCUUGGUGUUGGGGCUCGCUAUGCUGAUGACAACGUCUGGGUACGCAGGGCUAAUGAUGCCACCCAACCACCAUAACCUGCAGCGGGUCAAUUGGCCUGGAUUGCCUAACAGUAGCAGCAAUGCUCCUCAUUGUGGCUACCUAAGCGGCCUAAGGACGGAAUGGGCCAGCUCACCAAGAACGGGAUGCUGUACAACGUCAGGAGGCUACGUGUGAGCAGCAGCUAUAUCGUCAAGGAGGGGGUC